UAGAUAAAUGUGCAGAGGAGUUUCAUGUGGUACCGUUAACCUAUAGCCUAUGCUGGGUAGUCAUAUUACCUCUAGAAACAAAGGCAGGCCUCUACUGUUUCCUGACCAAGUCACCACAGUACACAACCACCUACAUCUGUGUCUGACUCCCAUCAGAUGAAGCAGAAACUGUAUCAGAGCCAGCAGAGGGCAGCGUUGUGCUCUCGAGCUGCCGAUGAGGCUCAAGAGUGGAGGGGGGAGGCGGAGAAGAGCAGGGCUCUGGCUGAGGCUCGGGCCCUCGGGUGUCAGCGGGACAAGGACACAGCAGAGGCUGACAGGAGCCACCUGAGUGAAGAACUGCAGCAGCUUAAACAAGAGCACACUGAUCAGCAGCUCUUACUGGCCCAAACGAAGAAGAACUACUUUGAAACCAAGCUGAAGCUGGACCGGGUGUGUGGGGAGAAACAGGCCCUGCUGCAGGAGAACAGGAGUCUACAGGGAGAGAGGGACGAGCUCCGACACAAGCUGAGACAGGUCACACAGGAAAAUGUCCAGAUCAAAGAGAGUGAGAUGAACGCAAAGCGCAGAGCGACGGCGUCAGAGGAGGAGAGGAAGAAGGCCGAGCAGGCUCAGCAGGAGGCUGAGGCAGAGCGGCGUCUGGCUGAGAAGGAGAGGCAGGAGAGGACGGCCGACUGUCUGAGCUGGAAAGAGAAGCACCUGGAGUUGGCCAACAAGUUCAGAGCUCAGGAAGACCUGAAGGCUCUGAGGCAGAGCAAGGCAUGUCAAGCCAACAUCAAGAGCUACUUCCUCUGCAUGACAGAGAGUGAUCAGAGGGUUAAAAUUCUUAAAAAUCAAGACGGCACCACGAGAAAUUUUACGGAGGGAGACCCUGUGUACAUCUCCACCUCAGAGUCCGGUCCUGAGGAGCCUGACAAGACUUUGUCCAGGACCCUGUUCAGGGUCUCUGCCCCACACACAGGGAGGGAUCUGGGUCCAGGCCGCUUUGACGACCUGCCCGCCUUUGGAGGAGAGCGACCCGUCUCUGCACCACCACGCAGAAACAGGACGGUGGAAUACUUCUGGAUCCCUACAGAUCAGGAGUGACCGCUCACAGUCCUUAAUGAGCUCCAGAGAAAUUACUGUUGUGUUGUCAGGGAAGAAGCUGCGAUGACUGGAGGACACCUCAAGGCCCUGGUGCACUCUCCCUAACUCGCUCUGCCUCCAGACAGAAGCACAUCUAUGUGUCACUGUAGCUACAUUUGCAAACUGACUUAAAUGACCAGUUCAAGAUCUUCUAAAUUACAAUAAGGCUUUGGUUUGGCUUCUGAAUGUUUGAACUGUGCUUUGUAUAACAGAACAAUGGUCAAAGUUACACCCCAGAAUCCUCGUGGACACCUUGGUUUCCAGUUAUUAGAAUGUGAGGUAGAGCCCAGAUAAAUUUUACAACCUGAUAUUUUAGCUGACACUUGACUGUCGAUGAAACUGCAGUACAUUUAUGAACCAACUAUUUUUCAAUGAUGUGAAGUUCAGUGAGCAGCAGAUUAAGACUGCGUGAGAGAUUCUG